GCGAAUUGUGAAGGACAUGGACAUCAAGUCGAUCUUCCACGGCUUGGGCUUCGUCGGUUCAGCAUACUAUCAGCUGACGGGCCGCCUGUGGUCGAGCUGGUGCAUGAGGCGGAUCUUCUUCCUUUCAAAAAACGCCGAGCCAGCUUGCAGCACGACGGUCACCGACGGCGGAAUGGAGGAGUAUGUUCAGAGGACUGUGCUGGAGGCCACGGCGGACGGCUUUCCCACAAUCUCGCACUAUUUCGACUCAGCACACUCAUUUGCCAAGAUCGGGAAAAAGCCAGUACUAGUCUUGUCAGCGGAGCAUGAUUGCAUCUAUCCGCCAGCUACGAUGAAUCCCGUCUUCCUGAAGUUAUUCCCCACAGCAAGUUGCAUCGUGGCCAAAGGCCAAGCACAUUGCUUUGCCGAUGCCGGCUGGGAAGACUCCUUCGCAGAAACUCUGGCCGGUUGGCUUUCCAAGAGUUUCACGGGAUGA